AUGACUCAAGUCGUAUGCUUCUCAUCGAAUACAAAAUCGAAGUUCGGCAGUGAUCCAUUAAAAAGUGAUUGGAAUGAUUUUCAACAUCUUGCAACACAAAGUCGUUAUCUCACACCAAAAACAUUUACUGGAAUUCAAGCUCAUCAAUCUAAAUUAGCAGCAAUUAAAAAACAAUUAUAUAAUCCAAGAUUACCAUCUAUUCGACAUAUGGAACGUGAUGAUGUCUUAUGUCGUUUAGCAGACGAACAUUGUCGUCAUACAACUUUAUUAACUGAAGAACAAUUUGAAAAUUUUGAUCCAACUAAAGAUGAUGCAUUCAUUGAAUUAUUUGGAUUAAAUUGGCACGAUGCAGGUAAAACUUUGAUGAAUACAGAUGAUUCGGCACCAGUACAACGAGAACCAUCGCCUGUAUUUGGCGCUAGAUUACGACCAGACAAGUCGCAAAUGGAUGCACAUCCAACUCAAAGUAAACUUUAUCGAAGUCCAUCAUUAUCCUGUUUAUCAUCUUCGGCAACCUUAACAAAACCAAUUAAAUAUAGUUAUCGUAACUAUGGAAGUGGGACGUUUGAUCAAACUGCUAAACAUACAAUGUGGCCAAGAUUUCAUAUGAAUACAAAAAAUUCGUUUGAUUCAAUUAAUCGAAUGCCUCUGCCCAGUCAAAUGCAGAAUAUUUUCCGUUCAGCAAGUAUGAACGCUGGUGUUUCAGCUGCUCCUUGGAAAUCAGCAGGUCCUAUUGGUAACAGUGGUUCAAAGAUAACUCCAGUUUAA